AUGAAUUAUAAAUUAACAGAGCCUCUUUAAGCUUAGGAUCAGAAACCAGAAAUUGUAGGGGAAUUUAUAACUCCUAAAGGUAAAAGAAGGGUUUUGCAUGGAUUUUCUAAUUCAAUAAUUGUCGCCAACAAGAAGAAAUUUAUUUCCCUAACCUUUGAAACCAAAUUUUAAUUAUUAAGAGAAUCGGUUGAGGAGAAAUUUAAAGUUGGAAAAGCAUUAGGAUUAUUGAUUGAAAGAGAGAACAUUGAGCACAAAAUAAAAUUAUUUUCAGAUGAUCAAUAGCUAUUAAAAAGAUGGAGAGAUUAUUUAGCAAAACACAUAAAUCAAAGAGCAUUUCAUGAAAGCUUUAAAGCACAUCGAAAAAUUGGAAAGGGCAAUUUUGCAUCAGUUUAUUUGGCUGAUCGUUUAGAGGAUGAAAGAAGCUUUGCGAUAAAAGCAUUUUCAAAAGAGGUUGCGUAUGGUUAAGAUAAAGGAAAAUUGUCUAUAUUGAAUGAAAUUUCUGUAAUGAGAUAGUUUGAUAGUCAUGCCUUAAUAAAAUUGCAUGAAGUUUACGAAACUGAAAAUUCCUUAUACAUGGUACUUGAUUUGCUGGAAGGAGGAUCUCUCUACGAUAAAGUAAAAAAUAGGCCUUAGUUUAAUUCAUUUGAAAUUGAAGUGCUUUUAUUUACUUUAUUGGAAGGAUUGCAACAUAUGCAUUCAAAGCACAUAAUGCAUAGAGAUUUAAAGCCAGAAAAUAUAUUAUUUAGAAAAGCAAACAAUAUCUAAUCUGUUUGUAUAGCUGAUUUUGGGUUGGCUUAAAACGCUGAUGAAUUCCCAUAUUUAUUUAAUCGAUGCGGAACACCAGGUUUUGUAGCUCCAGAAGUGGUCAACUGCAAAGAUGGAGGAAGAUACGAUCCAAUUUGUGAUGUAUAUAGCUUAGGACUCAUAUUUUACAUAUUAUUAACUGGCAAACCUGCAUUUCCAGGAAAAAGCUAUAAUGAUGUCUUAGCAAAAAACAGAAAAUGUGAAAUAUCCUUCGAUGGAGCCAUAUUUGAGAAUGUUCCUUAAUAGGCCUAUGAUUUAUUGAGGAAGAUGUUAGAAAAAGAACCUCAAAAACGGAUCACUGCUUAAUAGGCUCUUGGACAUUCUUAUUUUGGUAGAAGGGUAAAAUAGGUAGAAGAAAAUGAAGAGACAACUUUAAAGAUAUAGGAAGAGCAUUUAAAAUUUGAUAAAUAGAGACUAAAAUAGCUAAGUAAUUCACCACUUCAUUCACCAUUGAUAACUGCUUCUUCAAAAUUAAGGAAGGAUUGUUCAAAUGAUAGUUUAUAUCAAAAUAGCCCUUUACUAAAUGGGCACACUGAUUAGAUAGAUUCUCCUUCAAACAACGGAUUCAAUAGUCCUUCUGCUUAGGGCAGAUAAUUAAAUAGAGGAGAUUAACAAUAAUAAUAAAAGCCUUCAAGAUUCAGAGAUUUUGAUGGAAAUAAUACUAAUGGUUAGGGAAGUUAUUAAAAUUCUAAUUCAAAGCCAUUUAGUCUAAAUUAAAAUCCUUUGCAUAAAUAUGCAAUUAGAAAUGAAAUGGUCAGAUAGUAAAAUAACUAAGAAUAAAAAUAAUGA